GUAACAUCUGUGAGUGGAUCAAUCUCAUCACAAGUGGCACCUUCACAAUGUUUUAUUUAUUAUUACUCCUAAAGGUUUCAAAUAGAUGCAACAUUUCCCUCGGCACGGAAAACAAAAUACUUUGGAGAUUAAAAACAAGUGAGCGUUUUAAGAGGUGUGAACUAAUAAAGAUCCCGACACUGUUGUGUUACAGGAUGACGUGCCGAUCAAGGAGAUCAACAUCACCAACCUCGUGAAGGAGGGGUCAGAGAAGGGCGACCCGCGACAGUUCGAGCUCCGCAAAGUCCUGGGACAAGGCUCCUUCGGCAAGGUGUUUCUGGUGAGGAAGGUCACAGGGCCAGACGCCGGUCAGCUGUACGCCAUGAAAGUCCUGAAGAAAGCAACGCUGAAAGUGCGUGACCGGGUCAGAACAAAGAUGGAGAGAGACAUCCUGGUGGAGGUCAACCAUCCCUUCAUCGUCAAGCUGCACUACGCGUUUCAGACGGAGGGGAAGCUCUACCUGAUCCUGGACUUCCUGCGCGGAGGAGACCUCUUCACUCGUCUGUCCAAAGAGGUGAUGUUCACAGAGGAGGACGUGAAGUUCUACCUGGCAGAGCUCGCGCUGGCCCUCGAUCACCUUCACAGCCUGGGCAUCAUUUACAGAGACCUCAAGCCAGAGAACAUCCUGCUCGAUGAGGAGGGACACAUCAAGCUGACUGACUUCGGCCUCAGUAAGGAGGCGAUCGACCACGAGAACAAGGCCUACUCCUUCUGUGGGACGGUGGAGUACAUGGCCCCCGAGGUGGUGAACCGGCGAGGACACACGCACAGCGCCGACUGGUGGUCGUACGGCGUGCUCAUGUUCGAGAUGCUGACGGGAACGCUGCCGUUUCAAGGCAAAGACCGGAAAGAGACGAUGACCAUGAUCCUCAAAGCCAAGUUAGGAAUGCCCCAGUUUCUGAGUUCAGAAGCUCAGAGUCUCCUCAGGAACCUUUUCAAACGCAACCCCGGCAACAGAUUAGGAGCUGGACCAGACGGUGUGGAGGAGAUCAAGAGGCAUCAUUUCUUCAGCACCAUCGACUGGAACAAACUCUUCCGCAGAGAGAUCCCUCCGCCCUUCAAACCGGCUGCAGGACGGCCUGACGACACUUUCUAUUUUGAUCCAGAGUUCACAGCGAAAACCCCCCGAGACUCUCCGGGGGUUCCUCCCAGCGCCAACGCCCAUCAGCUGUUCAGAGGAUUCAGCUUUGUGGCCAUAACAGAAGAGGACACACAACCACUGCCCAGCACUAUUGUGCAGCAGCUGCACAGGAGCACGUCUCAGUUCUCAGACGCCUACGAGAUCAAAGAGGACAUCGGCGUCGGCUCGUACUCCAUCUGUAAGCGCGGCAUACACAAAGGGACCGGCAUGGAGUACGCCGUCAAGAUCAUCAAUAAGGCCAAGAGAGACCCGACGGAGGAGGUGGAGAUCCUGCUGAGAUACGGACAACAUCCCAACAUCAUCACCCUCAAAGACGUGUACGACGACGGCCGCUCGGUGUUCGUGGUGACGGAGCUGAUGAAAGGAGGCGAGCUGCUCGACAAGAUCCUGCGACAGAAGUUUUUCUCUGAGAGAGAAGCCAGCGCUGUUCUCUACACCAUCACCAAGACGCUGGAGUACCUGCACGUGCAGGGGGUGGUGCACAGAGACCUGAAGCCCAGUAACAUCCUCUACGUGGACGAGAGCGGGAACGCAGAGUCCAUCAGGAUCUGCGACUUCGGUUUCGCCAAACAGCUGAGAGCAGAGAACGGGCUGCUGAUGACGCCGUGCUACACCGCUAACUUCGUCGCACCCGAGGUGUUGAAGAAGCAGGGUUACGAUGCCGCCUGUGACAUCUGGAGCCUGGGAGUCCUGCUCUACACGAUGCUAACGGGUUUCACCCCCUUCGCUAACGGUCCAGAGGACACGCCGGAGGAGAUUUUGGCUCGUAUCGGCAGCGGGAAGUUCUCCCUCACUGGAGGAUACUGGAACUCCGUCUCUGCUGAGGCCAAGGAUUUAGUGUCCAAGAUGCUGCACGUGGACCCUCACCGGCGGCUGACGGCAGGUCAGGUCCUCCGACACCCCUGGGUGACACACCGAGACCAGCUGCCCAAAUACACCCUCAACAGACAGGACGCGCCGCACCUGGUGAAGGGUGCGAUGGCCGCCACCUACUCGGCGCUCAACAGGAACGUCCCCCCGGUGCUGGAGCCGGUGGGCUGCUCCACUCUGGCCCAGCGGAGGGGGAUGAAGAAGAUCACCUCCACCGCUCUGUGACCUUUGACCUCCCUCACCUCUCAACUCUGACCUCGCUCUGACCUCCACCGGACCCCCCCCCCCCCCCCCACUCCCAGCCUCUUCCUGUUUCUGGUCUGGGGGGACAGACUACUGAUGGACCCAGGAACCGCUAAACGCCAAAUAGGAACGCAGAGACCACCGCCCCCGCUCCCAGCCCCGCCCUCCGUCCUGCACCUUAACGGACUCUUCUGAUUGGCUGGUUAUCUCUCAGCGUCACCGAGCUGUGAUGAAAACCUGUUCCUGUCUUUGCUUCGGACAAUCAGCGGCGCCCUCGCAGACCCGGAGACGGAGCGCGCGUCAAGAGAAUAAAAGUACUGUAUUUAUUUACUUCGGGGGAAAUCUGAACACAGGAACACGGUAAUCUAACGUCUGCUUUCAAAGCGCUGGGGUCGUUGUUAUUAUAUCGUUGUGACGCUUCUGUAGAUCCGAUAUUUAAACCUCAAGUAGCCUCCGAGAUCUCGGCGUCUGCAGAGACGCAGCCUCGGCCUCAAAGUGUUUAAGAUUCGCCUGCAGAAAUGAAAAAUCAAGACUUAUGAAAGGGGACGUGCACCAUGUUGUAUUCGGGUCAUUGUAGGUCGAACAGAAUAAUUACGGAGCCGGGGGAGGGGGGGGAUACUCCUACACACAAUAUUUACAUUCACUCGAAGAGAAACCUGAAUAUUAACAGAACUCGCCAUCUGCUCCGUAAUUAUUCACUUUUUUAAUCGUACAAUGGCGUUAAUAUGGCGUCGUGGAAACAUUUACUUCAAUCUAAGUUCGCACUUGAUGUUUUUGGGAUAAAGAAAAGACUCUCAGGAGCAUGCUUUUGUUUUGAAAAUGUAUUGUGUACGUCUCACACACAGAGAGACUUCCUGUUAUCAGUAUUUCAAGGUGAUGUGUUCACAGUCCAUCAGACAUCAGUCAUUCGAUGACGUAUCUCUCCAGACUUUGUUUUAAACCUCGCGAUGUUUAGAUUCUUCCCGUAAUGUACAAAAAUGUUUCCUUUAAUCGUGAGAUGAACCCGAAAAUUAGAACCUGGGAACAAAUGUUGAUUAAGAUUAAGCCUUAAUAUUGUUUUUUUGUUUUGCACGAGGCAACUUUGCAUCCUGUGGCGCCCUCUGGUGGCAGCACGAGGGUUUAUAUAUGUGGAAGGUAUUUAAAAUUAUGCAACGUUAAAACAGUAAACUGCACAAUCUGGACUAUCCUCGUAUUCGAUUCACUAAUCUGGAGCUUGGAACUAAUUUAUGCAAAAAACAAGGUGGAAGAAGUACUCAGAUAUGUAACUAUUAAAUAAAAUAAAGUAAAAGCUGCAAUACCACAGAGUAAUAAAUACACUUCACUCAUUAAGCAGAAAGGUCUGUAAUGUAUAUAAUGUACUUUAUAUUCUGCGGGGUAGGUCGAUAGUAACACAUCAUAAUUUAUUUUAUUUGAUAGCUUUUUAUAUUUUGUAGUAAUUAUCUGAAACAAUUAGAGAGUAAAAGUAUCAAGUAACUCAAAUUGUACUUUGUGAGAACAUAAAGCAUCUUUCCGGCCCGUAAAACAAUAACUUUGUGUGUUAUAUGUGCAGCUUUAAGACGUGUCCGUACAUUUAAAUGACAUUUCAAACAUCCUGAAAGCGGCUUUAACUCGAGGAGACGUUUGCACGUGGCCGCACAUCUCUGUCCUGCUGAGGAGCAGCGUCCUCGUCUUACCUGGAAUCAAGGUGACCUGGUUGGAUGUUUAAAUUUAAGAAAAGACGAGAGAGCUUUUAAACAAUCUGAGAAGACUUGACCUUGUGUGACCUUCUUCUGUACGAGCCGACUGAUCAUCUCUGUGCGUGCCGCAGACGGGAGCCCAACUGUAAAUAAUUAAACGUACGAGCAACUCAGGUUUCUAUGAAUCAAGACAAUGCAUUUUUUUAAUAUAUCUAAGAGGAGAGAGGUGUACAGAGAAUAAAAUAAGCACACAGAUGUGAGGAGGUGAGCAGGACUCGAGGAGGCGUUUAUCAGACAACCUGACGGCUCCAUUUUGUCUUUUGUCUCAAACGUCUCGUUUAGUUUCAGACGUCCGGAGGCGUCUUGUCUUCGUGUAACGAUCUUCCCUUUAAACUCAAAGUGGAGCAGGAAGGUAAACUCAUUUAAACACCUUUAUAUUCAGAACUGUUGGAGGUUCAGCAGUGAAGAAAUUAAAGGCUUUAUUUAUUAAUGCAAGUUUAUGCAAAAUCAGAGGUCGGGGGAAUCCUGACUUCUCGUGCCUGAUGUGCUCCUAAAACACUGGAUACUACACUUCCCAUAGUGCAACAGGGGAAAGGGAAUAUUGAAUAGCUGCUAAGUGGAAGACGUUCUAGGAAAUGAUUGACCUGUGAAACAAAGCUUAGUUUUGGGUGCACUGGCCCUUUAAUUACAACACACAUAUUCGCUGAACAAACCUCAGACUGAAGACAACCAGCGAGCACGAAACUCAAACAAACUCUGUCCUGCGUCCUCCAAACAUCCUGUAAUCUUUCUGUGAAUGAUUAGAAACUGCUUCCUCUGCUCUUCUGAAUGUGCGUCAACAUAAAGGGAUUACUGCUCUAUAGAUUUUCUUUUAUAUAUAAUAUGAAAUAUAUAAAUGUUGUUUGCCUCGUCUAUCGAUGUACAGCUCUGGGAUAAAGGAAUGUAAAAGGAUUUGUUUUCUGUAAUUAUGAACUGGGGAAUAGCUUUCUUCUUCUUCUUCUUCUUCUUCUCUUUCUUCUUGUCUCCAUCCUCUUCUUCUUCUCUUCCUGAUCCUGUCAGCGUUCAGCCCUGCUGCUACGCCAGCUCUCUGUUUUUGUACCUGCAGCGAGAGUUGGACUUUCUAUUAAAAACAAUAAAAAGGAUAAUCAGCUGAUCACA